AUGUUUUCGGGUUGUCCAUCCAUCCGAACGUCCGUCUGUGGAUACGCGACACAAGACACCCCAACUCAGGGGGCUAAAGACAGACGGGAUACACCCCAGCCAGUCGUAGACAUGUCAGAGGAUGAGGUUAUCCAAUGUAGUGAAGACUUAAAGACUUUCUAUCGCGAACAUCUAUGCAAAAUCAAACCGGAUCCGUUUGAUUUCCAAUCUUUGAGGGAAUUCGAACAAAUCUACACCAACUUAGUAUUGCAAAGGAGAGGUAUGACUAAAACCAAAUUGGACUAUUCUGCUCUCCUUACUACAACGGUCAAUGGAGUACUUCCUAAACGUUUUCUGAUUGAAGGUGAAGGCGGUGUUGGUAAAACGACCUUCUGUUCUAAGAUCGCAUGGGAUUGGAUCAAAGGAUCUCCUGAGUUUCGGCGCUUCAGUUGGGUUCUUGUUAUACCCCUGCGCGAGGUUGACAAGGGUCAGACCAUUGGUGAUAUUAUGAAAGACUAUCUCUCCGAAAAUAACAUUGUAAGCCCUAAACAGAUCGAUAAUUACAUAUUAUCUCAACCCACAAAGGUUCUGAUUGUACUUGAUGGACUCGAUGAGUAUGAUGAAGAACUCUCUGCCAAAGAAAGCUCAGAUAUUUCUCAGAUUCUGCGAUUAGAGAAAUUCAAGCAAUGCAUAGUUCUGGUAACAACAAGACCGUGGAGGGCGGAUCAGAUCAAAUCCAAUAUCGUAUUGAGUAGGUCUUAUGCUUUCAUAACAGUAGAAGGAUUUGAUGAUAAAAAUGUCUCGACAUACAUCAGCAAGUACUUUGUGGACGAUAAAAAGGCGGGAUCUGAGCUGAUUCGGUUUAUUGAAGCGAAUGAUGUAAUCAAAGAGAACAUGGCUCCCUUCCCAAUUUUCGUAGCAAUGCUAUGCAUCUUAUGGGAAAAUUGUGACAGUGAUAAUCGAGAACAAAUACGCAAACUGAAGACAUUUUUUCAGUUAUUUGAUAAAAUGAUCAUGUUUCUUGGAGACCAUCAUGUGUCAAAGGUCACCAAAGUGUUACAUGUAGCCCAUCUGGACAAGGAAAUGGAAAAUAUCAAGCUUUGUUUGCAAAGAAUUGGAUCGAUUGCCUUCUCAGGACUCCUGAAAAAGAAAUUAGUUUUUAAUGAGGAGGACUUCAGCACGUGUAAGGAAGCCAUGGAAACAUGUUGCAGAAUCGGAGUUCUAAGUCGAGAAAAUCAAAAUGUAUCUAGAUGGAAAAGAACUAUGACUGCUUCACAGCCUAUAACCACUAGCGUGUUCUUUCCUCACAAAUUAUUUCAAGAAUAUGUUGCGUCUGUUUAUCUUGCCUCUAUAUAUGACACGAAUCGCAGUAGGUACAGUACAACAAUGGGUAAAGUAUUGAAGCCUAACCCACAAGAAUUCCGUUACCUCUUGUAUUUCACCGCUGCCAUGGGAAAGAAGAUUGGUCUGGAUAUUGUCAUGCAAAUAUCAAAGGAUGUAGACAGAAGUACGAGUCAUUUUUAUAGUACCAGUCUGAUAACAGAUGACUUUCUUCAGCAACAUAAAAGAAAUUUUAAUUUUCUUGUAGAUGUCACUUUUGAAGCGUAUAACAAAGACACAGCGAAAGUAGUAGGUCAACGGAUAUAUGCAAACGAGAGAAAACUGACUAUCGAUAAAGGCAUGCCUGCUCACACAAUUUCUGGUUAUUUAUUCAUCAUGGAACAGCAUGGAAUGUUGACAUUUAGUGCUGCUCUCAAGAGUCUUGUAUAG